AUGCCUUCCGUAACGAGCUCCGUAACCCAAGUCUUUGAGACGCUUAACUUGAGGGGCAAGGACAUGACCCCACCCGCCUCGGAUGCCGGGCUCGAUUCGGGCCUGCAGCGCAAGCCUUUGGAACUGUCCGGCGCGUUGAACGAGGUCAAGUACCCGUGAGUUACCUGAUGAUGGGAGGAAUAAAGCUACUUCAUUUCCCACUGACACGUUCUCGCGCACUCCCUUGCUCCAUCUUCCUCGACGCACGCCCUCCCUCGUUCGUCAUCUCCCUUCUCCACUUCGUCAUCGCUCGCCCGACUCGGCCCCACUUGCUCCCCCCAGUCGCGUGCAAUUGACCCCGGCUAUUGGAGUCGAGUUCGCCAAAUCCGUUCGCCUUUCCGAAAUUCGUGCUUUGCCUCAACAGGAGCAAGAUAAUGUUCUUCGUGACCUUGCCAUCACCAGUCAGUACUCGACGCAGACCCAGGUCCGAUCAUCAGGAGCUUAUUUCUGAAAGCACGCCAUCUUCCUUUUCCCUAGUCUCGCGCAACGGUGUCGUCUUCUUCCAAGAUCAAUCCGACUUGAAACCCGAAGACUUGGGUCGUAUCGCCCUUCGUCUCGGUGAACUGGCCGGCAAACCCGAAUCGUCGACGUUGCACAUCCACCCAACGCAGGAAUUGACCGAGACGGGGCUUCCCUUGGGCAAGAUCUCGAGCAAGCCUGAUGCGGAGGGGAGGCAGAUCUCGUUCGCAGAUUCGGGGUUGACGUCCAAAGGAUGGCACUCGUACGUACUUCAUAAAGACGGUCUAUUGCCAGUACCCUCGCUGAAAACCUGUGCUCCCGCCCUCCCACAGCGACGUCUCGUUCGAGCCCAAGCCGGCACUCUACACGAUUCUGCAAAUGCACACCCUCCCCAAAACUGGCGGCGACACCCUUUGGUCGUCCAACUACUCGGCCUACGAUCGUCUAACCCCUCCUUUGCAAGCAUUCCUUUCCGGUUUGACGGCGACGCAUGAUGCUUGGAGGUUCAGGGAACAAGCCGCGCAGAAUGGGUACAAAUUGAGGACCGCCGAGAGGGGCUCGCCGGAUAAUCAGGGUGGGGCGUUCAAGGCUGUGCAUCCCAUCGUGAGGACGAAUCCUGGUGAGCGAAUUUCGAGUGCCGAGAUGAAAAAGAUUCGAAGACUGAUGGUCUUGAGUGUAUCGCAUUCUGUAGUGACGGGCCUGAACGCGCUCUACGUCAACAAAACUUUCACGACCAAGAUUGACCAGCUCUCAUACGACGAAUCUGCGGUCUUGUUGGACUAUCUCUUCCGACUGCAACACGAAUCCCACGGUGAGUUACUUGGAUUUAUGAAUGAGCUUAAUCGCCCCUUUCGUCACCGAUCCUAAUCCUCCCCUUUGGCCUUCUCUCAGACACCCACGUGAAAUACCACUGGUCCAAGAACAACGUCGCAAUCUGGGACAACUCGGUCGUGAACCACCUCGCGACCUUUGACUUUAAGGAAUACCGUGCGGGAGAUCGUGCCGUUGUGGUAGGUGAUCGACCUUAUUUCGAUCCGGCGGGCGUGUCGAGGGAUGCUUUUGAGGCGCAGUUGGAGAAGCAGGUUGCGGAGGAGGCUUAG